AUGGCCUUCACUCUCGGCAUGGAUUUCUUCAACAAUGCAACCUACUCCUCCUUCGCAGAUGCGAUGCUCCCGCACACUCGCAACACCUACUGGCACGAGUUCGAUGAAAUCUCAAAAUACAACGUCUCACUGAACUACUUCGAGAAACUAUGGGCUGCGUGGUACGCGUACAUGGGCAACGAUGUUCUCGCCACGGGCAUCAUGAGCUUCGUCAUGCAUGAGACAGUUUACUUUGGACGGAGUCUGCCAUGGAUUAUCAUCGACCAGAUCCCAGCAUUUAACAAAUACAAGAUUCAAAACCACAAAAUACCAUCCGCGAAGGAACAGUGGGACUGCGCAAUGCUCGUCUUGUUGUCCCACUUCACCGUCGAGCUUCCUCAGAUCUGGGGCUUCCACCCUAUGGCACAAUAUUUCGGCCUUUCCACUACCGUACCGUUCCCAUCUCUCCUGACCAUGGCCUACCAAAUCGCGAUCUUUUUCGUCUUCGAGGAUACUUGGCACUACUGGAUGCACCGUGCUAUGCACUGGGGACCGCUGUACAAAUACAUUCACAAGAUUCACCACCAAUAUUCAGCCCCUUUCGGUCUCGCCGCCGAGUACGCCAGUCCAAUCGAGGUCAUGGUCUUAGGACUCGGUACUGUCUCGGGACCAAUUCUGUGGUGCGCAAUCACGAAGGAUCUCCACAUUCUGACCAUGUACGUAUGGAUUGUGCUCCGUCUCUUCCAGGCCAUCGAUGCGCACUCCGGUUACGAAUUCCCCUGGAGCUUGCACCACUUCCUGCCAUUCUGGGCCGGCGCCGACCACCACGACACCCACCACGAGAAGUUCAUCGGUAACUACUCCAGCUCUUUCAGAUGGUGGGACUACUGCCUGGACACCGAGAGUGGUCCGGAAGCGGCCAAGCGCAGACGCGACAAGAAGUUGGCCAAGGCCAAGAAGGCACAAUAG